UAAAAAGUGAUGUUUGGAUAUAAACUGUUUAUUUUAUCAAGCCAGUUUGGAUUUAUUUUUUAAAGUUUAUACUUCACAAUUUUAAAUUUUUUAUUGUAUCAUAAGACCAUCCUCUUCGUUUUUAUAUGUGUUUUAACAUUUUCUUCAUUGGUAUAGAAUCUUGGUAUAGAAAAGUUAAAUUGUGUGCUAUUUCGGAAUUGUUAUCUGUAUAUUGCGCUAAGUGUUAUUUUAAAAUUUCAUGUGACAAUGUGUUCCCGCCAAGGAGACUCAGUGCUUCCAUAUCUACACUACAGGUCCCAAGAUCUCUUUCGAGGAAAAUUCAAUCUUCAAGUCUUGGCCUUAGUAGGUCACGGCUAUGCCGGAAAAGUUGUGAAAUGCGUGGUCAACUCGCCGGCCUCAAAGAACGUUUCCAGCCUUUCCGAGGUUUUGCAUUGCAGCAAAGAUUUGAGCAGUUCUACAGGAAUGUGUAAAGGACAGUCCGAAAGACUACAAUACCGAUGUUCUCUAAGUCAAAGUGAGAUCUCUGACGAUGACGACGAUGAUGAUUAUGAUUACGAUGAAGAUUUAGACAUAUUUGCUUUUGACGGAAACGACUGUGACCCUAGGUGUGUAAAUGGUAAUCCCGAAGGUCAAGGGUCGAGUGCGGCCAGUGAAAUAAACUGCAAUGUAGCACGCGAAAGGUUCAGUGUCGAAGCUUCAUCGCCCGAAGGAUGUCAUCGCAGACAACUCAUAGCUGUCAAGAUUAUCGACAAAGCGAAAGUAAAACCUUGCAGUGUAGAAAAUGAAGUCAAGCUUCUAAGUGCUGUCAGAGGUCCUAAUGUAAUCGAGUAUUUUUCUUCAGUCGAGUGUCGAGACUCCUACUGGAUACUUACUGAGCUCUGUAGCCGAGGGGAUCUGUAUGAAUUUUUGAAACAACUGGAUGACUUGAAUAUCAUGGCAAGAUUUUUUCUGUCUGAUAUCGUCUCGGCACUUGAGAGUCUCCACAGCCACUUGAUAGCGCACAGCGACGUGAAGAUGAAGAAUAUAUUAAUAUCUGAUAACAAUGUGGCUAAACUAGCAGAUUUUGGUUUUGCAAAGCUGUACAACAGCGCCAAUGAAAUGGAGAGCGAAUGUCGAGGAACCAAAGACUAUUGGUGCCCAGAGAUGUGCCUAGAGGAUUCAUUGUUUAACCCGUUCAAAGCAGACAUCUAUGCUCUAGGUGUCACAUUCACUGGAGUCUGCAGAAAGCGGCCAAUCAAAAAGAAGUACGACAACAUACACAGCGUGAUUGAAACAUUUCAAGAUAAAAAACAAAGGCAACUUUUUAAUGGACUGCUGCAUGUGGAUCCUGAACAAAGAUUCGACUUUCCUCACAUCAAGAGCAACCCUUGGCUUAAUGAGAGACUCAAGAAUUACAUAUGAACUGAGAGUUCCUGGCAAAUGAUAAACAAGGGAGACUAUUAAAUGAGGGCGAAAACUCAAGGUGACCAGACUUCCAAGAGAUCGAUGCUUGUGCAAAUGAUUGAAUCUUGAAGGUAAAGAAACGUUUCCACUGUGUCUUACGUCUGUGUUCCAGCAGUCUGUCGAAUGGACUUCCUUUUGAAUAGUAUCAGUACUGAGCCUGCAAGGAGACCUGUUGAAGAAAUAGAAUCUCAUGUUAAAGAAACUAAAUACCAAAGUACAGACAAGAGAGUAAUGUUUAAAGGCCAAAGUUUUUUUUUUUACUUCACAAAUAUUUAAGCUUGUUUGUGCCAAUACAUUCAAUGACAAAUAGUUUGUGUCUUGAAACGGUGAUUAUAAAAAAUUGUAUUUUUAGAUUCUAACCAAAACUUUUAUUGAACAUUUCUGACACAACUCUUGAGAAUUUUUAUUCUGUGCAAUGAAUUUAUGCUUCUUACAUUUGUAUUUUUAAACUAUACAUUUGUCGCAUAUGCAAGUGUUAUUGAGACAAUGAUGAAUGGACCAUUUGUCAUAGGUUCUAUUUUAAUCUCUUGUAAAUUUUGUUUUAUAAAUUUUAGAUUCUUUUUUAUAGUAUGUGAGUGAGCUUGUUACGGGCGCUAUCUCUACAUGAUGCAUUAAAAUGCUUUUAAAUUAAAUUAUUCUUAUUUAUUCAGGUAUGAGAAAAGAUGUGUGAUUUGUGCAUAUUUGUCCAUUUUAUAACAUAAACAUCUGCUCAAAAUCAGCUACCACUUUUCAUGCAUUUUAUUAAAGACUUUAAUAUAUUAUAUGUAUUAAGCUACUACUUACAUUUCAUUAUGACUGGCAUACAUACAGUGGGCUCCUGAUAACCGGCAUAUGCAUUAUACAACGUUCAAUAUUUAAAGCAUAUUAAUGAAUGGACUAGACAGUGUCUGUUCUACACAAUAAAAUGUAUCAAGCUUCAACCCAGAAAAAAGCAAAUAAACUUGAUCACAAAAGCACAAAUUUGUAUUCUUUAUUACA